AUGGUAGUGAGAAAAGAUGUUAUGCCAAUACUGCCUCGUCCAGUUGAUAUCACUUCGCCAUUAAUUGACUUGCAAUUGAGCCACGCCGAAUUGUCUUCUCAGGAAAACAAGGAUUUAUUCCGUAAUACCUGGUUGGACAGGGAGGCUCCGGAAAUGUUGAAAGAGGGCCACCGUAUCGCGCUUACAGCAGCUCGUGGUCUCAAUCGAGGGCAUUUCUUCGCAAAUGCUGGUAAGUAACCUCUGGUUUUUUCUUUUGAUUACUGUAUUUAGGGGCUUAUGCAAAUCUUUAUGGAUUGAUCGAUGGUGUCACUUGCAACCAGUUGUUCAGCACUUUUUCCAAUUGGUUUGCUGGUCCAGCUCAAACCUUGAAAAUGAGUAAAUUUGCUUCGUUCCAAUACGUCUUCAACUACAUGAUUCCAAUGGCGUUGCAAUUCACUUUGGCGAGGAAAUUGAAUGUCGACAUGGGUGUUGUGCAUCAGAUUCUGGAGUUGUGCGAUGAGAUCAAGGCACUCGAAGAAGAAAGGUGAGGCUUUAAGACGGUUUUUGCAAUCCUUCUUAAUUUAGGCAAGAUCUCACCGAAGCAGAGACCACUCUCCGAUUGAUGUUGAGGCAAAUCAAGGAGACGUCUCAGGCCGCUUAA